AUGUCCCUCCCUCUCCUCCCCCUCCCCCUCGCCCUCCCCGGCCCGGCACCCGCCCUCCUCCUCGCCCUCGCCCUCCUCCUCCUCCUCUACCUCCUCCACCCAUUCCUCGCCCUCCUCCUCCACGAUGCCCGCUCGCCGCUCCGUCUCCUCCCAGGACCCAGGGCCCCCUCCUUCCUCCUCGGCAACCUCGCAGCCAUCGCCGACCAGGAGAACACCGAUGUCAUCGCCCAGUGGGUCGCCCACCACGGCUCCACCUUCGUCUACCGCGGCUUCGUCGGUGGCAGGCGGCUGCUCACAACGGACCCUGCCGCCCUCGCGUGGAUCCUGGGCAGGGCGUACGAGUUUCCGAAGCCCGAGUUCGUGAGGGAGAGCUUGGCCGCGAUGGCCGCUGGCCAGGACGGGCUGCUGACCGUCGAGGGCGACGUGCAUCGGAGACAGAACCAAGCGUUCACCGCGCCUCACGUCCGCACCCUCGUCCCUAUUUUCUGGAGCAAGGCCUCGCAGGACGGCGAGAAGCCGAAGCAGGAGACGGUCGAGACGCGGCCGACGGUGGACGUCCUGUCGUGGCUCGGGCGCGCGACGCUCGACGUCAUCGGCGAAGCAGGCUUUGGCUACCGCUUCGCAUCGCUGGCCAGCGCGACUAAGCGCCUCGUCGACGCCGACAACCACGCGGUCACCACCGCGGACGGCGACUCGGACGGCGACUCGGAGCUCGCCGCCGCUUUUGGCGUCAUCUUCUCGACCGCGCGCCGGUUCAGGGUGAUGACCGUGCUGCAAGUGUGGUUCCCGCUGCUGCGGCGAUUCGUGAGUCGCGGUCGCCUUUGUCAUCCCCUUGCGUCAUCGUUGUGUCCUGGGGCGGCGAAUGCACACGCGGGCGUCGACGGUGGUGUCGGCAGGAAGACGGCGGAUCGGAUCGAGGGCGAUCGGACGAUGCUCGGGCGGGAUAUCCUGAGCGUGCUGAUCCGCUCGAACAUGGCCUCGACCCCGGCACAGCAGCUGUCCCUCUCAGAGGUCCUCUCGCAGAUAUCGACGUUCCUCGCCGCAGGGCACGAGACGACCGCCUCCGCGCUCACAUGGACGCUCUACGCGCUCGCGCGCGCGCCCGACGAGCAGCACAGGCUCAGGAGCGCGCUGAGAGCGCUCGGCCCGUCCUCUGCGCCGCCGCGCGCCUCGUCGCGCACACAGGCGCCGCUCCCCGACCCCGCCGCAACGUCCGAGUCCGAAUCUGACCCGGACCCGGCGCUGCUCGCCGCGAUCGAGCGCCUCCCCGCGCUCGACCGCGCUGUGAAAGAGGCGCUGCGCCUGCAUGCACCCGUCGGGAGCACGAUGCGCACGUACGUCGGCGCGGCGCGCGAGACGGUCGUGCCCGUCGCGCGCGGGGGAUUGGAGGAGGAGUGGACGAUCGAGCGCGGGGUGCGGUUGCAUCGGGGCGAUAUCAUCACGAUACCGAUCCAGGCCGUGAACCGGAGCAAGGAGGUGUGGGGCGAGGACGCGAAGGAGUUCCGGCCGGACAGGUGGAUAGCGCUGCCCAAGGCGGCGAGCGAGCUCCAGGGCCUGUACGCGCACACGCUCACGUUCCUCGACGGGCACCGCGCGUGCAUCGGGUACAAGUUCGCGUUGUCAGAGUGCGUUUUCGCUCCUUGCCCCCUUCCGCGCUGCGUUGGUCUGCGACUUAUUAUCAUUAUUCUUUUUUGGGGGGGGGGGUUUGGUUUGUGGCAGAAUCAAGGUGUUUCUGUAUGUGCUGCUGCGCGACCUCGAGUUCUCGAUGGACGAGGACGUCGUGAUCGAGAAACGCGUCAACGUUGUCACGCGCCCGUUCGUCCAAUCCGCGCCGGGCUCGGGGAACCAGAUGCCGCUGCGCAUCCGGCGCGUGCGAGAGGACGAGGACUAGGGCGGAUUGUACCAAGUAUCAACUAUCUAAUUUGACCGGUCGACCGAGCGAGGUGGGACGACGUGACUAUAGAUCGGGAGGCUCUCAUUGCUACUGCUACUAGAGGCGGAGGGAUGGAUAUGGGCGGGACAGGAUGGGAUGGGAGGGGGCCUGCGGGCGUGUGUUUAUGUGUACUCGUGUGGGAGCUGAAGGCGUCGUCGUGGGAGGGGCUCGCGCGGCGCAGGAGGGGAGGGGCAGAUGGACGAGGGAGGGGGGACGGGCUGUAGCUGGUCUAUGGGUGUACGAGUAGUAGGACGGGUGACGGGUGCGACUCUCGAGGCGCGCAUACACGAGUAUACGAGUAUACGAUGGAUUUAGCCCUCCGUGAUCUGGUUCUCGGUCCUGGGUUCCUGCGCCGCUCUCGCUGGCUCUCACACUGGUUUGCGAGCGCGCGGGGCGGGUGGUGGUGUGUCCCUAGGCCUGUGCACUAGUAUCAUACGCGGCCCCUACAC